AUGGCGAUCGUUGCAAGAAUACAAGAUUAUAGCUCAAGAACAAAGCCGUUUCUUGGUGGGUGGAGGAAUACCGUUACCGGCUUGAUCUAUCAUAAUGCCUGCACGCAGACACGCGGCGGCGGGACGAAAAGUAGGAUCACGCAGACCAUUACGGCCGUGGACACGGUCACUGACGUCGUCCACGACCAGGCGGUGCAGGUGGAGGCAACGCUGUUUUUGCCCGAUGCACGCGACAGAAUUGUAGUACCUGGAAUUUCUUCCUUCCGGACGCCGGCAUCGAUCGAAGAGGUCAAACCGUUAACCUAUCAGGAUAAUAGCAGAAUUCUUGACUGCGUUGUUAAAAUACAGAGAUGUUAUAGGGCUUAUCGGACUAGAAUGGCAGCUAAAGCGAACGCUCUCGAAGCGGCUGAUGUUUCUCAAUAUGAUGAGAUGAACGUGAUCGAACAUCAAGCAGGAUGUUCUCAGAUACUGUCCGCCUACAGCGGUACGGAUUUCGUAAUACUGAAUCGCUGUCCGCCGCGCACGAGCUCGGAUUUCGAGUCGCUGUAUAAUCUCCUUGACCGCUGGCGAAUCCUUGAGACUGAGCGGGCAAGUCUGACGUUUCUUGGGUCAUCGAGGAUUGCAGCUUGCGGCCUGAUUCUAUCGAAGGAGGUCGAGCUGUUGCGCGCCAUAGACUCCAUGAAGACGGUUGUUCGUCUCAAGUGUAGAGAACAGAAACGACACAGAUUCCUGAAUGGAUUAUCCAGACCGAUUGCUUGGCAGGACAGUCGAGGUCGGCCAAUUCUGGUGGACACCCUGCGCGUUCAGCGAGCCCGCCAGUACAGAAACAUUUAUGCCUCGCUAGCCAACGAAAAUAUGUCCAUCUCAGAGCGGAUCGACUUAUUGCACGACGUAAAAUACAUCGCUGAUAUACACACGUGCAACCAAUCGCAGGAGCUCGUUUAUUUAGUAGACCAAGAGCUGGAUCUUUUAACGUGUCAGGUGAACACAAGUAGACUCAAUUGGCUCAGGAAUCGACUGAAGCUGAGUUUCCUCAAGCUGGCACGCAAUACUCUGCAAGGCGAGAGAGAUAGGGAAGACAUGCAUUUGCUCGACUGGUCGGACACCAGCAUCACACGGCUCUGUAGGACCUGUGGCAGGCUCUUAUCCUUGGAAAAGUUUCCCCGCGAACGGCGAUUGCGCUCUUCCUCUUGUGUCUACUGCACGUCUAUGCGAACUCGGGUAGGCCCUCGCAUCGUGUAUGAGCCCUACGAGAGAAUGUUGUGGGAGGUCAGACGUUUCGAAGCCAGGAUGGGCUGUUACGGCAGUCUGGCCUUCGUGAUCGGUGCCAAGGUCGUUUGUCGUCUGGUGAACAAAAUCUGGCACGGUAGAUCGGGCAUCUCCGAGUGCGACGACCUCGACGAGCUAAGAUUAACGCGCUUCCGGCGCGAACUUGAAUGGGCGCCCUGGAAUUCUCUAUUGUUGACGAAAACCGAAGCCGCAAUUCAUCACGGAAUCACUGAUAUCGAGAGCUUCUACGACUCGUCGCUCCUGCAGAAAUUUUGUAUAAAGAAUCUCCAGGCAAAGGUACACUUUGAAUCGAUCGCUCAAGCACGGAGGAAUAUUGUGACACCGUCCUCGACCGAAGAUCAAUAA